CCAUCUGGAAAGGAAUGGGUUGUCUCUGGUCCUAUACUUAUUUCAGGGCCUUAUAGGGAAAUCAGGGCCUAGGUAUACUGCCUAUGAAUAUUCCUACCUUCAAGGUCUAUUCAUAUUGCUAGGUAGUCAGGACCUGGAUGAGGGUUGUCUAGGAGGUAACCUGUUUCUUACCUAGUUUCCAGGCUCAGUUACUGUUCCCCUUCCCUCCUGUGUUCAGUGUGGAGUUUUCCCCCCACACUGAUCGUGACACUUGUCUGCUGAUUUGGCUACAUCUGUACGCUCCUGAUUUUGACUUUGAUUAGUUUGUAUCUGCUUUCCUUUGGCACCUGGUUUGGUCUGCACCAGCAAACUCAGACCUGUUUUCUGCCACCUUACUUUGCAACCAUAACCUGGGCCCCUAGCAGCCAAGACUGACAUGCCUUGUGGCAGGGUCUGGUGAAUACCUAGGGGUUGCCUUAGACUCUACCGUAUGAUGACAGGUAGCAGUUUCUGAGCUUGCUGGCUGUGGUUCCGGUCAGGAAUCUAACAUAACAUGUACGGCAUCCAUCACAGAAACUAUAUUCUAUGGUGCUAACAGAGUCUUUUACAAAAACGUUUAACUAUGCACCUAAUUAAUGGUCCAGCAUGAGCCAGUUUGAUAAAUUUGGUGCAUCUAUAGACUCUCUGAAAUUUUGAUAAAUUUGGUGCAUCUAUAGACUCUCUGACAUUAAAUCUGUCAGUGUCCCACAAUACAGCCAGACGGGAUCUGCUGUGAUACAGCCAGCAACAGACACCCAUUACAUACUGAUGCAGCCAUAGUGCCCUCAUAAUCCAUCCACUAAAAUAACAGUGCUGUCCAGAGUAUAUCUUUCCAGAAGAACACUCCUUUCCUUGCAAAAGGCCUUCUUCUCGUAACACCUGAGGGGAGUGCAAAGUGCAUGACAGGUGUGACAAAUCUGGGUGUGUUUUUUACAAGCAAUCCACUGCUGGCCUCCGUCCAGAAACCUGUUCCACCUUCAGUUUCAGGUUACUGCAAAGUGAGGUAAAAAAAAAAAAGCAAUGGGGAAGUUCUAUCAUUAUUUGUAGGCGGCAAUGACGGGAGGUUAUAAAGCCUGCCAGGGAUUCAGCUGCACAAACACCUCUCCUGGCUCUUCCCCUUUAAAGCCUGGGUCUAAGAAAUUACAGCCGAGGUGAGAUCCAAUAACAGAGGGGCAGCGGGGAUGGAUGUGUGAUAUAUUCUGAAUAGAUGGCACAGAGCGUCACAUUGUCAAAUUAUUCUUUGAUGAAGAAGCUGCUGUUCCCUGUCAUUCUGAUCUUGUCAUGUACGCUGUGUCAAGGGCAUCGCAUAAGAUGCAAAGAUCCUUCUGAGGAACAUUUAAAGCAGAAAUAUCAACGACUGUCACCAGAAUCUCUCCUUAUAAGCAAGACAGACUACGUCCCUGAUGUAAAGAUGAAAAGAUGCCCCACAAGUGUCAACGUCUCUUCAGAGCUGAUGCAAGACAGAAGUAUUUCCCCAUGGUCCUACAGAAUUAAUGAAGAUAUGAACAGAUACCCGCGAGAGAUUGUUGAAGCCUACUGUCUGUGCAAAGGCUGUGUUACCUCCAAAGAAAGUUCAAUGGUCAGUGAACCAUUCUACAGAGAAGUCCCAGUCUUAUACAAAUCCUCAAAAUGUAAGAAGUCUCGCUACGUCUACAAGCUGCGAUCCAUAAGGAUUGCUCAGUUUUGCAUCUGUCGUUUCCACUAAAGAUCUGAAGACUUAUGAACGGGACAACCCUUCCACGUUGAUGCCUGAUGUUAAGGAGAUAGCUUGGUUUGUCUUUGCUUGAUAUCAAUCUUAAAAAUCUGUUAAGUGAAUGACAUAGUUCAAGUGUUUAAUGGAUUAACCUCUCCCAUACAUCGAUAUCUGUACUGCCAUAAUCUGCAAACCCUUUUUUUGAGAAAUCUUUACAAAUAUUUGGAAAUCUGUAAUGCAACCAUGGAAUGAAGAUCAACAUUACAUUAGAAGAAAUAACUAGAUGUUCUGAAAAGAAUAAAAGGCAAAUGUUAUCCAUGAUGACCUCAUAUUUGGUUAAUCCAGUAAACGUGUAGCAUUUUGGAAGUUUUUUUAGUUUCCAUAUCUGUGUGUUGUUUUUGUACAUUGUGUUACUAGGAGAGUGAGGUGUUUUUCGCCUUUUUAGGUAUGGUAAUUGUGUAUCUUUUAUAGGAGACUAUGAAACUUGACUACCGAUAAUAUACAUUCAGGAUUUUAGAAGGACUUUCUGCACUUCUGUUUUUCUUCUUUUGACUAGAAAAUACAGAAGAGUAAAAGAAUGUAUGGACAAUUGUUAGGCUUGUUUUGUACAUGCACAGUUGACUCCACUGCUGUAUAAAGUUCAGCACAUUGUGUUUUUAUGCUUUUUAUUGCAGAGUUUAUAUCUUUUAUUAAUAAAAUGAAGAUUGUCUUUAACCAAA